AAAUAAUUAAAAAAUUGGCAAUCAUUUAUGUAAGUCUCUUUUUAUUAAUAUUAGUAAUAAUAUUUUUUGUUUUGUGAAAACAUAUAUACCUCCUACAAAAGCCACACACUAAAGAAGAAUCUUGAAAAUCCGAUCAGUUUUAAGAGCGAGGCAUUGAUUUGGUUGUUUUCCGGCAAGAUUUCUGCUGCAAGAAAUUGCUGCUUCUCCGAGGAUCACAAGAUUCUCAGAGCAAAACCUUGCAAAACUCUUCCUGUGGUUCAGUACUAUAAUGGUUUUUCAUGAAAAUAUAGCUACCUGAGAAGUGAGGGACGAUAAAUUCAGCCAAGGAUCGUUGAACAAAGAGAAAAUGGGAUUUCAGAAAUUUCUCAAAUCCAUUCCAAAACCAACAGCUUCUGAUCGGACUUCACUGCUACCUCUUACUGUGAGAACGAUAGAUUCCUCAUUGUGCACCACUAACAACCUCACGUCUGUUGCUCAAAACCAACUGAACCAACUCAUGGAAACCCACCUCAAACCCUCUUUCACAGCCAAAGAUUUUCUCUCUUUUCUCAAGAACCGUGUCCAUUACCACCCUAUCCUCACUAACCUUGACUUCUACCUCUUCAACUAUGCUGCUUCUGUCGAUUCGUUCCGUCAUGAUCACACCACCUUUGAGUGGAUGGUCCGCACUCUUGCCACCACCCACCGCCUCCAAUUUCUUACUACUCUCCUCCAAUUUAUUUCUUCUAACCCCUGCCCUUGUGCUGAUGGUAUUUUCUCUUGCCCCAAAACUGAACCUAUUUUUCGUUUUGCCAUCAAUGCUUAUUGCAAAGCUGGUAGAUUUGAUGAUGCAUUGUUAGCUUUUGACACAAUGAGAAGAUUGAUUGAUGGAAAGCCUGAUGUUGCUGUUUGCAAUAUAAUAAUUCAUGGAUUUGUGAAGUUUAAGCAUUUUGAUAAGGCCCUGGAGUUUUACCAUAGGAUGAUUGGAGAACGAGUAAAGCCUGAUGUAAUUACAUUCAAUACUUUGAUUUCUGGGUACUGUAAGAACUCGCAAUUGGGCCUGGCUUUACAAAUGUUUAAGGAGAUGAAAACUCAUGGAUGUGCUCCAAAUGUAGUUAGUUUUAAUACUCUAAUUAAAUGGUUUCUUUUGGAUGGUAAGAUUGAGGAGGGGAUUGGGAUGGCCUAUGAGAUGUCUGAGAUGGGAUGGGAGAUUUCGGCAGUGACUUGUGAGAUUUUGGUUGAUGGGCUUUGCAGGAAAGGAAUGAUGUUGAAAGCAUGUGAUUUAUUGGUUGACUUUUCAAGGAAAGGGGUGCUGCCAAGAACAUUUGAUUAUUUUGGGUUAGUUGAGAGGCUUUGUGAGGAAGGGAAUGUGGCCAGAGCAAUGGAAUUAGUGCUUGAGUUAUGGAGGGACGGGAAUUCUCCAAGCUUGAUCGCUUGUACAAUCUUAAUUGAAGGCUUAAGGAGAACAAGAAAGAUUGACGAAGCAUAUGAAAUUAUGGAGAAAAUGCUGCAGGAAUGUAUGCUUCCGGAUAGUGUAACGUUUAAUUGUCUACUUAGUGACAUGUGUGAUGCAGGAAGAGCAAAGGAAGCGAAUAAGAUGAGGUUAUUGGGUUUAAGCAAGGGCUUGGAUCCUGAUACUGUGACAUAUAAUAUUUUAGUAUCAGGUUUUAAGAGGGAGGGUAGAAAGAAGGAAUCUGAAGCUUUGGUGGAAGAGAUGUUGGAUUUGGGGUUUAUACCUGACAUUGCUACUUAUAACAGGUUGAUUGAUGGACAAGCUAAAUCAAAACGUUAAUUUUCUUUGCCCCUAGUUUCUUCAAAUUGAUUCUACUUGCAUGGUUUCAAUUUAUUGAUCCAUGUGUGGACAUGAAGACAGGCAUAUUAGAAGUACCGAUGGAGAAAAUCAAUGAUUCUUUUCCUUGUUCUUUCAAUCGUCUGCAAAGAAGAUAGGUGUGUUAUGUAUCAUCAAGUUCUUUUUUGAGAGAGUCAACUAAGGCAGCAGCUUGGAGUUCUCAUGGCUUAAAAUGGUACAAAACUGUCAUCAUCAACAGCUCUAUUUUUGCACUGCAACUGAUCAUAGCAGAUAUGCUGCAUAUUUCUUAACUAACAUGGAGUACAGUGGACUCCACCACAGAUUAAAAUGGAAGCUCUGCUAUGCUGGGAAGGACAAAGAAGCAAUUCAAGAGAAUGUGAAAAACAGUAUUAAUGUGUACCCAUGAGCAGUUUUUCCGCAGAGAAACACAUGUUUUGAGACUCUGUUUCUCAGGUCCUUCAAAAUACUACCGGGUGUAUAGUAGAUCUUCCAAAAGUUAUUCAUCAGUAACAUUUUUGGUCCAUAUGCACAGGAAGCAUGGGUUCUUCAUACCUGAUGUCAAGUAUCUGAAGGAUCCUAACGGCUUCCUCACAUUUCUUAGUCUCAGGGUAAUAUUAUUGGUUUCUUUUUCUUGUCUACUCUUCAAGUUUACUUAGAUAUUUAUGGGUGGUUUAUUUAAUCAGAAAACUGAUGACAAUAACAAAGUUAAAGCUCUCUUUAUGUC